AUUUUCAAGAAGCGUUUUAAAGGCCUCCUGAUCCACUAAUUCAGCGCGUUUUUCAGGAGAGUGUCUUGUGAGGUCUCAGGUUGAGGAUGACUGCUCGAUUGUGUUGUUUGUUGAUUGCUUCUCUGUUGUGUCUCUCUGUAUGCUUGAGCACAACAGACACUGAAGGAGCAGCUACAGAAAAGCCAGGAGUGUGUCCAAGUGAAAACCUCGGUGUAGGAUUGUGUGUGGAGAUGUGUUCCCAUGAUCGUAACUGUCCUGAUGAUCAGAAAUGCUGCAGCAAUGGAUGUGGACAUCAGUGUAUGGAUCCAAAUAAAGCAGAACCAGACAAGCCAGGAGUGUGUCCAAGUGAAAACCUCGGUGUAGGACUGUGUGUGGAGAUGUGUUCACAUGAUAGUAACUGCCUGAAUGAUCAGAAAUGCUGCAGCAAUGGAUGUGGACAUCAGUGUAUGGAUCCAUAUAAAGAAAAGCCAGGAGUGUGUCCGAGCAAAACCCUCAGAAUAGGAGUGUGUGCUGAGAUGUGUUCCCAUGAUGGUGAUUGUCCAAACGAUGAGAAGUGCUGCAGCAAUGGAUGUGGACAUCAGUGUAUGGAUCUUCAUAAAGAAAAGCCAGGAUUGUGUCCGAGGAGAUUCUAUGGAGUAGGAUUCUGUGCUGAGUUGUGUGCCUAUGACAUUGAAUGUCCGAACGAUGAGAAAUGCUGCAGGAAUAUAUGUGGACGUGAAUGUACAUCUCCAUUUAAAGUGUAGCUUGGUCUGUCUCAAACCAAAUGUGUGCUGACAACUCUUCCCAUGAUGAUCGAUCUCCUGCCAGACAGAAGUGUUGUCCAACCACCUGUGGACAUGCAUGCAGCUAACUGCCAAUUUAACCAUUGGAGGAGAAGUCAUUUUGUUUUUGCAUCCCAUACUUGAGGUCUUCUACAUUCACCAAAUAAAUGUCAUUGUUUAGCAGAACGUGUGUGUGUGUGUG